GCUUUCUCAGCUGAUAAGUAUUUCAAUGCGGCAGGAUCAGGAUCAACCUGUGGUGAAAGUGUCGAUGUUGUCUUUCUAAAUAUUUGUCUGUAACAGAAAUAAAGGAAAUCCGUCUUAUAAUCAUGUCUAAUAACAACGAUGAUAGUUUCAAUGAAAAUACGUGCGUUGUUUGUUUCAAAAACGUUGAUAUAUAUUCUAUUGGCGACUGUGAUCACCCAGUUUGCUAUGAGUGUUCCACAAGAAUGCGAGUCUUGUGUCGUCAAAAUGAAUGUCCCAUAUGUAGGCAUGACAUGCAAAAGGUCAUCUUCACAAAAACCGUGCGACCUUUUAAAGAACUGGAUGAGCUGAUAGGGACAAAAUGCUUGUUGGACCGCAAGUUUAAAAUUGUCUUCGAAAGCACUGACACACAACACGCAUAUAAUACACUACUGGCCCAUGUCUGCUCCAAGUGUCCAGGCAGGCAUGCCUUCCAGACAUUCGCCAUUCUACGAGAACACAUGCGCAAGGAACAUGAACUCUUCUAUUGUGACCUCUGUGUGGAAAACCUGAAGAUCCUGACACAUGAGAGGCGAUGCUACACACGGAAGGAACUGGGAAUGCACAGGCGCCAGGGAGACCCAGAUAAUCGGUCCCACCGUGGCCAUCCACUUUGUGAGUUCUGUGACCGUCGGUAUAUGGACAACGACGAGUUAUACCGUCAUCUGCGGCGUGACCAUCUGUAUUGUCACUUCUGUGAUACAGAUGGCCUUCACCAAUAUUAUGACUCGUACGAUGAGCUGCGAAACCACUUCAGACAAGAGCACUAUCUCUGUGAGGAGGGUGAGUGCUACGAGGAGAAGUUUACAUCAGUCUUCCGGACCGACAUUGACCUUAAAGCCCACAGGGCGCUGGUGCACGGACGGCAGAUGACGAAGGCUGCUGCCAAGCAGGCUCGCACCCUAGAGCUGGCUUUUACACUGAAACCUCGACCGCGUCAAGCAGAGCAGAGGCGAGCUGGAGGUAGAGGAAACUCACGAUAUCACAGUUACAGUGACGAAGAGGAAGGUGCUGUGGGUGGAAUGGCAGGGGACUACCAUCGCUCCUCUCAGCCAUCCUCAGCACACCCUACAUUUUCCAAGAUCAACACGGCGAGUAAUGAUGAGUUCCCAUCCUUGGGAGGCAGCUCAGCUCCGGUGUCCCGCCAGGGUCUGCAUUUCCCAAAGCCUGGAGGAGUCACAAUUCAUCGAACAGGGGGCAAGUUGGCGAUGACUGAAGAAGACUUCCCUGCGCUUGCACCAGAGGCUACUGCCUCAGUCAGUCUGCGAGUGAAUAGUGUUAGUGCAGCUGAGCGAGCGAAGGGCUCAAAACCUACAAAUGUUUCCAUUCAUGUAAACCACCGACCUGGCGGCGUUGUUGCUACCGUCUCAAGUUCAAAAAAUUCUCACUCGAGGGAACGAGACCCUUUCCCGGCAUUGCAAAAUAGUUAUAAUGGAAAAACACCUGUAGCAACGUCAUCGACACAGUGGAAUGCAGCAAGAGAUUCUGAACCGAAAAUGUCAGUUAAGAGCAAAUCUACCCAGCAGCCAUCUAAAUCACAACAGAAGAGUUCAAAAAAUUACAAUUAUGACGAUGAUGAUUUCCCCAUACAAAAUAAUUUUCCAGCACGGUUAACAGGAAAUGUUCCUUCCCACAUAGCAAGCCUGGCAACCACACAAUGGUCAUCAGGAAGAGAGCCUGAACCCAAGUUUUCUGUCAAUAAAAAUAAAUCUAAUCAGCCCCCGCCACCUAAGUUGCCUCAACCGAAGACUUUUCAUAUUGAAGAUGAUUUUCCCAGUUUGAAUUCCAGAUUUGAUGCGAGCUGUAGUUUUACACCAGAGCCAGUGGAGCCCAAACCACCAGAGAGUAAGGCUAAGAGAGAAUCUUCAAUUUCAAUAUCAGUAGAUAAUGACUGGACUAAAGCCAGCAAAAAUGUGGUGAGCAAUGAUAACAUUUCAAGUGACAGUGAUAUCGGCAGCAGAAAGAGCGGCAAGAAGAAAAAGAACAAGUCAAAAACAAAAAAGGAUUUGGUUAGUGAACCGGCUAAGUCAGUUCCAGUGAAGAGCAGUAACAAUGAGAACGGUAAAAAGAAUAAACAGAAAGAAGAGCCAAAAGCAAAAUCAAAGCAGAUAAAGGUUGAAAGCCAAGUUUUUGAGAAUAAAGUGAAAAGCGAGGAAACUUCUGGAAAGAAAGUGCAAGAAACGUUGGAAAGGAAGCGAUCUGAGUUAAAAAUCCAAAGCCUGAACGGUCAACCACAGCAGGAUAACAAUAUCAACAUGAGUGAAUUUCCAUCAUUGAGUGGUAAAAGACUUCCACCAGGUUUCUCCAAUCCUGUGAAGGAGAAAACAUCAGCACCACCAGGGUUUGAGGGGCCAUCAGCUCCUCCUCCAGGAUUCUCUAUUACACUCAAUUCAGUUGCUCGGCCCCCCAGUAACGGCCUUACCUUCACUAGUAGUAGUGGACAAAACUACGCCAUCAGCCCGAGUGGAGAAGGAGGGGGAUCAUCACGUGUAUUCACUUACGUACCUCCACCCAACAUAAAGAAACGCAAUGCAGAGUUAGUGGUGCGCGUGACCACCGCUCUCGGCACGCAGGCUGCACUUGAUGAGUUCCUGCAGAUGUCGGGGUUGUACCGACAGGGUUCAUUGACGGCAGAGGCAUACUACAAUCACUGUCGGGAGGCCAUGGGCAACAAACAGUUCACUGAGAUCUUCCCCGAACUCCUAGUGUUGUUACCUGACAUUGGCAAACAACAGGACUUGUGGAAGGUAGCUGAACAAUGCAGUGAGUGGAGACUUCAUGUGUGUGCUGCGUGCGCUCAGGUUGUAGCAGCAACAGACUUCAAACACCAUCAUGCGACGCAUUCGCUGGAGAAUCAUUUUCCGACGCUCGCUAACGGUCUUACAGGUCCCAAUGCGUGGAGGAAAUAAAUAAUUUAUGUAAUAUAUCUGGCUGAUUACUUAUUUUGUCAGGGAGCAGCCACAGUGGGUUAUUUUCACUGAACAGAAUCGCUUGAAUUGAGAACGAAUCAACAGUUCCAAAAAUUUUGCCAUGUCAAUUACUACGUAAUGUAUGAUAAUUCAAUUGAUUAAACAAAGGUUUUUACUCAAGAUGUAUUUGAAAGUUUUCUUACAAUGGGUUUAAGGAUAAUAUAAAAAAUAUUAAAAGCACAGAAAAUAUUCUUUUGAAUCAGUGUGUUGCUUUUAAUUGAAAUGUAUUCUUUUAAUAUUAUUGAUAAGUUUUAUAAGACAGUAGAAACAAUAUUUACAUGCUAGUAAAAUUAUUAGCAUUUGAUUUAUUUAGGGUGAUGUUUUUAAAGAGAAAAGAUGUAUGUAUUAGUUUAUAAGUUGAAAAAACAUAUUUUUAAUUGUUCGGUCUGAACUGUUAUAGUAUGCCAGUGUAUUUGCCCAUAUUUUGAAUUCAUUAUUUUAUGUUAGUACUUAUAAGUAAAUUCGGUAGAAAUGGACUUGGUAUUGUUUAUCUCUUGUUAUUGAUUUCAAAAAUUUAAAAAUAUUCAUAAAGCAUCCAUAAGUCUGAUUAAAGUACUGACUGAUUAAAACUUCUUCUAUUAAGUCACAAAUGUGAACAAUUGUGCUUUCUAGUAUAUAACAUUUUCUUGAAAAUAUAUCAUAUUUAGAUAGGACAGUUACAUUUCCUUAUACAUAAAUUUUCUAAAAACACAAAAUAAUUCAUAAUUAAAAAAAUGGUGUAAAUAAAAUAAAGCAAUCAAUUAGAAAUGUAUUUUAAUUUUGUGCCAUUAAAAUGUUAUUUCAUAGCAAUGUGAACAUAUUUAAAUAGUUUUAAUUGAUAUAACACUGAAAGCAUUUCUUGCCAAAGUUUGUGUAAGAGAAAAGUGUCUUAUUAUAUAGUUAAUUUAACCUUAGCUGAUUCAUUGUUAAUUGGAAUGGUUUAGAUAUGACCCUAGCCUGUGAAGGCAGCUUCUGCUACAAGUAAGAAUGACUACAUGUCUUAUGACUCGUUUACACAGGCUCAACAAUGUAUCUAUGUGUAAAUGUAAUUUUGUACAUACUGUGGAUAAGUAACCAGACUUGUUUGUACAAUGUAUAGAAUUGUUACAGUGGGUAAUCUCCCUAAACUAAUCGAAUGGAGGGUUUUUGGUCUCCAUUUUGUGAUAGAAUGUAAAUGAUUUGAAGUCGCUUUAUAUAUUUUUCAAAUUAAAAUAUAGCUUCUAAAAGAGGAAAUAUUUUGUAAAAUUGUAAAGUAAAUAAAGUGUUUGAAUUACAA